CAGGAUUGUUGACAAUCCAGCUAACUAGCUAAUGCUAGGUGGCAUGAUAUUUUACUGAGAGUUUUGUACAUUAUUUCGGUUAUAAUGAGUUCUCCGGAGGACAGACAUGGUUCAAAACGACCCGCAUCCCCAGAUGACGAUGGAUCCACUCAGUGGUCAUCAGCUGAUCUGGGAAGCAACGAGAGGAAGCAGAAGUUUUUACGAUUAAUGGGCGCUGGCAAGAGAGAACCCACUGGACGUCUUGUCAUUGGCGACCACAAGUCAACAUCCCACUUCCGCAGUGGCCAGGAAGAUAGGAGGAUGAACGAGCAGCUGGAGAUUCAGUACCAGCAGGGCAUGGACGGGAAGCUGUCGGGUCGGAACCGGAGACACUGCGGCCUGGGUUUCAGUGAGCCAGAGCCAGAGUCAGAUCCUUUGCCACCACUGGAAAGCCAGACAAAUGCAACUGAGCCCGAGAGGUCUACUGAUGAAAAAGAGCCUAGUGAUGAAAAAGAGCCUAGUGAUGAAGAAGAGCCCACAGACAGCGAGGACGAAGAAGAACACACUGAUGAAGAGAGCUCAGACGAGGAUAAGCCCAGCUCAAACAGUCAGAAUAAAGAACGGAAACACGGAUGCAAAUCGGCUUUUGUGAAGUCUGCAUAGGGUUGAGGGGGAUGGACAGGGAAGUUUCUUUUUUUUGUAAACUCAAAUUUGUACAUUUUGACGUUAUUUGUUUACCUAUAGGCGAUUCUCCAUCAGUUUAGUCCUUUUUACUGUGUAGAAAUGGGUCUGGUCUUUGGGCUUUGGGCUCCUGGUGUGCAUGUCCAAGAAUCAAGUCUGCUUUUGGUUAUGUGGUGUCACUCUAUGUUAAAAUGGCAAAUUAUCCCGUUUUUAUUUGAACAUUUUAACAGUCACUGCAUUUGCCUUGAAUUGUGUUUAAUGGAACAGGAUUGCUUGCCCUUCAGCAUGAUUGGUACACAUUGUGGAUUUUGUGAUUUCUUGAUGGAAAACCAAUAAAAGGAAGUGUCACAAUUGUAAUGCUUGUUGUUCUUAAAAUCUCUCAGACAAAGAAGAUGGUUUAUAUGUAAGACACUUUUUUUUCCUUUUGCAUUCUGCAUUAUGUUUCCCUGUGGGCUAAAAGUAAACGUACAGUGUGUUUGUUUUGUGCAGGAAAGUUUUUUUUUUAGAUUUUUUCAAAACUUUAGAGUAUUUAAGCUUUUGCCAAAAGUGCAGGAGUUAAAGUUCUCAGACAUGAAUUCAUAUAAAACUUAAUACAUUGUAAACAUUUGCUCCUGGACAACUUGUCAGGUUUACAAAUGUUUUUCUUGUUGUAAUCUCUGCAAGUGCUAAAUACAAGAUGUGUGCGCUAAAAUGAUGAUUAUGUGUAGAGGGAUCAGUUUCAUUUGGAGGUAAUGAAUUGUGUCCACCAGGAGGAUGUAAAGAGACCAAAAAUGGAAUAAAAUUGAAAGUGGAAAAAAAAGACCUUUAAAAUACAUUAAAGCUCAAUUUUGGAU